GAAAAUCUAGAUCUCCAUAAACCCAUCUGUUCUUGCAAAUUCCUGUAUCUAACAAACCGUCCCAACUAACCCAAAAGAUUUAGUUGGGAUCUUCGCCAACCCACCGACACAUAUGCUUUUUUGUAUCUGAAAAUCCCCAAAACACAGACCCUUUUAUCCAAUUCUUCGUGUUAUAGUCAUUCCAUGUUCCAAAAACUAUAUAAGCACACACAAAUCCGUCAUGGGGACUGAGAAGAAAUGGCUCUUCACACUCUUCUCUGCCACAUUUAUCUCCUUUUUGUUUUUUCUUUCCUCAAUUUCAGGUUUUAGUGCCUCGUACUAUUCUUUCACUUCCCACAAACCCUACACUUCAACCGUCCGGCAUGGAACUGGGUAUCCCCCGGCGUUUGCAUAUUACAUUUCCGGUGGUCACGGCGAUAGUGACCGCAUGUUUAGAUUGUUGCUCUCAAUUUAUCAUCCGAGGAAUCGGUAUUUGUUGCACAUUGGGGCGGAUGGGUCGGACGAUGAGAGAGCGAAGCUGGCCGGUUUGAUUAAGUCGGUGCCGGCGAUUAGGACAUUUGGGAAUGUGGAUGUGGUAGGCAGACCUGAUCCGGUGACCUACAUGGGGUCUACAAAUAUCGCCGCCGUGUUGAGGGCGGCUGCCAUCUUGUUAAAGGUGGAUAGUGGGUGGGAUUGGUUUAUAACAUUGAGUGCAUUGGAUUAUCCAUUGAUUACCCAAGAUGACUUGUCCCAUGUGUUCUCUUCUGUUAGAAGAGACCUCAGUUUCAUUGAUCACACCAGUGACCUUGGAUGGAAAGAGGGUCAAAGAGUCCAGCCAAUUGCUGUUGAUCCAGGGAUUUACUUGGCUAGGAGGACCCAAAUCUUUUAUGCCACAGAAAAGCGGCCGAUGCCUGAUGCUUUCAAAGUUUUUACAGGUUCUCCAUGGGUUGUCUUGAGCCGAUCCUUUCUUGAAUUUUGUGUUUUCGGUUGGGAUAACCUUCCCCGAACUCUUUUAAUGUACUCCACUAAUGUAGUUUUGUCCCAAGAAUUCUAUUUCCAUUCUGUAAUUUGCAAUUCACCAGAGUUCAAGAACACAACUGUUAAUAGUGAUUUGAGAUAUAUGGUCUGGGACGACCCUCCCAAGAUGGAGCCCCUCUUCCUAAACCAGUCAGAUUAUGAGCUAAUGGCUCAAAGUGGAGCUGCUUUUGCAAGACAGUUUGCAAUAAAUAACCUGGCGCUGGAUAUGAUUGAUGAGAAGAUCCUGAAGCGAGGCCAUAACCUAGCUACCCCAGGGGCAUGGUGCGCUGGCCGAAAGAGCUGGCUGACGGAUCCAUGCUCGCAAUGGUGUGAUGUCAAUGCUUUGAAGCCAGGGCCUCAAGUGAAGAAGUUUGAAGAGUCUAUGAACAAACUUAUCUCCGACUGGAACUCACAGUCGAACCAGUGCAGGUGAUGACAUUCUAAUUAAACAAAGAAUGUUUUAAGAAUCGGCUUGUGUUCUACUGCAUCUGAUUAUUGGCCAAUUUGAAUACCAUUGGUUGAGAUGCAUUCUUUUAUCUUCUACACAUUCUUUUGGGGAGGUUCUUCUUGGUACGGGCUGCUCCAGUGUUAAUAGUGAGGGUCUGAAAUGGAGGUGCGAGAUAAAUUCUUUCCUUGGGCUGUGUUAGAGCAAGAGCAGUCUUCAAUGAAUAUGACGAACUUCCCUGUGUACGUCAUCUACAUAAUAUUAUGUAUUCUAUUUCACAUUUAUUGGCUUUCCUUUGAUACUUUUUUCCAUGUUAAGGAACAAGUUUAUUUUUGAUACUUCUAAUCUGUUUGUUAUUUAGCUUGGGAAGGAUUAUCUUAUGCAGUUUAUCUCUUCGUGUGGAGAGACUGUUUUUGUAACUCGUUUACUCUUAUUGCUACAUCUGGGAUUUGGAAAUAUAAGAUAUUACGCUCAAGAGCG